CUCGCACAAGAGGGAGAACAUGAGCGGGGAAGCGAAUGGGCAGGCGGCGAUGUUUUUUUGGCACAACGUCUCGAAACUAGCCAGUAGCUUGCAACCUUUCAUUCUAUGAAAAUUAAGCAUAUUUUUUCCUACUGGAUCUGAAAACAUACUCACGUGACAAAUCGGGACCUGGGGGAUAUCACAUUGGACUAUUUUAGAAAUGCGACAUGGCUUUGAAAAUUAUAUUUGUUAGCUUACCUUGCUGUACCCAUAGCUUUAGCUUACAUUAGAACUGACUUUCUGGCUGCGGAUCGAGGCUAUCUUGCAAGCUAACAUUAGACAAUUUGGAUUUACGGAUGAUACUCCUAAAGUCUGCUAAAGGUAGCUAACAGUUAGCUACAGUAACUGUAUUUAGCUGAGAACUGCGAAGGCGGCCAUCGCAGAUUUGUUGAAUAAUAUGUUAUGCUUUAGGAUAGACUUUAUAAUGGAUUAAUUUUGUAAAUUGCUACUUUUUAUUUUGACUCUCUUGGGAGAGCAUCUGAUCGACGUGCUGUCACCACAGCCUAGCAGGCACGUCCUGUCACCAACGUGUAUAGUCAGUGGGCUAACGUUAACUAGCUAGCUAGCUAGGGUAGUUGCACUGGAAUUUGACCACCGUGAAAUUCACUGUCACUACAUGUGGUUAACUUCAAAUGAUUUCGUGAUUUCUCAUCGUCCAGAGUCGAGGACGUUUUCGUCAUCCGAAGCUGACUGCAAUCAAGGUAAAAAGAUGGAGAGUGAGAAGAAGAGAAGAAAAUACUCCACCAGCAGCAAUGACUCGGACACCACUGACAGUGAGUUGAAACGUCAAGUGACCUCCUGGUCCAGGUCCUCCAAGAACACAGGGACCAGCAGCACCUGGGUCAGACAGGAGCACAAGAAACCAUCUGAGGUGUUCCGGACGGACUUCAUCACGGCCAUGAAGCUGCCAGACUCGGCCCAGCUGGGCCCUGAUGACUUUUACGUGCUGUCUGACCCCUGGAGACAGGAGUGGGAGAAGGGGGUCCAGGUCCCCGCCAGCGUAGAUGCCAUCCCAGAACCUGUUGUCAGGAUGCUACCGGAGGUGGGGCGUAUCCCAUUCUACUGGUCUGGGCAGGGCCAGGGCCGGGGGUGUGAGCUUGGCCUGGGGCUGAGCCAGAGGGACAUGAAGACCACCGAUGAGCCCCACAGCCGCUAUGACCUGGAUGACAUGGACGUGUCCUGGCUGGAGACGGUCAACCAGGAGUUCAGGGAACUGGCGCUGCCGGAGCUGGACGAGCUGACCAUGGAGCGUGUGUUGGUGGAGUUGGAGAGCCAGUGUGAGGAGAACAUGCAGCAGGCCAUCGAGACGGAGGAGGGCCUGGGCAUCGAGUACGACGAGGACGUGGUGUGUGACGUGUGCCGGUCCCCAGAGGGAGAAGACGGCAACGAGAUGGUCUUCUGUGACAAGUGCAACAUCUGCGUACACCAGGCAUGUUAUGGGAUCCUGAAGGUCCCACAGGGGAACUGGCUGUGCCGAACCUGCGCCCUGGGGGUGCAACCCAAAUGCCUGCUGUGCCCCAAGAGAGGCGGAGCCCUGAAGCCCACCCGCAGUGGAACUAAGUGGGUCCACGUCAGCUGUGCCUUAUGGAUCCCCGAGGUAAGUAUAGGCUGCCCAGAGAAGAUGGAGCCCAUUACCAAGGUAUCCCACAUCCCCGCCAGCCGCUGGGCCCUGUCCUGCAGCCUGUGUCGAGAACACACAGGCACCUGCAUACAGUGCUCCAUGCCCUCCUGCAUUGUGGCCUUCCAUGUGACCUGCGCCUUUGACCAUGGUCUGGAGAUGCGCACCAUCCUGGCCGAGAACGAUGAAGUGCGCUUCAAAUCCUACUGCCUAGAGCACAGCAGCACUACCGCACCCGGCAACAGUAACAACGCCAUGACCGGCAACAGUAACCACACCAACAGCGCUGGUGCCAGCAAACCAGACUGGGCUGGACAGGGCAACGAGCACAGAGCCACCGUCACCGCGGCGGACCACCACCAAGCGACCAGCGAGCCGCCACCAUUAGAGCGGCCGCUGCCGCCUGUGGAGCGUCCAGACCGGGACCAGAUAGAGAGGGAGAAGGCCAGCCAGCGCAAACAGAAACUACAGGAGCUGGAGGACGAGUUCUACCGCCUGGUGGACCCCAAGGACGUGGCGGAGAACCUGGGCCUGCCGGACGCCCACGUGGACUUCUUGUACCAGUUCUGGAAGCUGAGGAGGAAGUCCAACUUCAACCGUCCUCUGUUGACGUUGAAGAGAGACGAGGUAGAUAACCUGGCGCAGCAGGAGCAAGACGUGCUCUACCGACGCCUCAAACUGUUCACACACCUACGCCAGGACCUGGAGAGGGUGAGGAACCUGUGCUACAUGGUGACGCGGCGGGAGAAGAUGAAGGGUUCCCUGUGUGACCUCCAGGAGAAGAUUUUCCACCUGCAGAUCCAGCUGCUGGAGGAGGACCUAGCUGGAGAGAAAACCAUGAAGGGCCAUAAGGGAAGACAGAACGGGGUGAAGGAGAAGGGGAAGGAGCGGCGGAAAAGCAGUCCGGAGAAGAAGAAAGAGAGGUGGAAGUCUGACAACGGCUCCCUCCUCAAACAGCUAGGUUUCCCCAAGACCUUCCCUCUGGACAACUCCCUGUUUGACAGCUGGCUGGCCCAGUCGGUGCAGAUCACGGCUGACGACAUGCUGAGCCAGUGGGCCCUGGACGCCGGGCAGCACCGUGACAAGACGGCCAGCCUGCUGUCUGACCAGCUGCUGCAGGGAGAGGAGAGCCUGCUCAGCCUCAUGAUGGACCACUCCAUGAAGUCCACCUGGAAGACCCCUCAGCUGGGCCGCAAGACCCGGGGCAAGCCCAGAGCCCGGGGCCAACACUCCACCACCAACACCGCCGCAGCAACCACCCCGCCUUCUGCCACCGCUGUCAGCCCCCCUGCUGCUGCCACAGCCAAGGGGCCUCUGCUGGCAGAUGAGAGGCCAGGCCAUGGGACCCAUAGAGGGGAGAGGUCCCGGGGCUCCAAGGCCCUCCACCACCAUCACCACCACCCCCAGACCAGGAGCACUGAAGCGCCGCUGGACCCGCCGCCGCAGCCACCCACCUCCAAAAUGGACUCCUGUCACAUCUCGGAGGAGCGCGGCCCCUGGGACAGCCUCACUGGUACAGGGGCAGCAUCCGCCCCCACGCCACCUCUGGCCUCCUGCUCCCCCCCACAGCCCUGCAGUAGUCCCGGGACAGUGCCUAAGGGGAGGUCAGGUGCGGGUCCCGGUCACCGCACGGCCCUGCGCCUCCGCCUGCCCCGGCAGGGUAAGUCCAGGGGGAAGGGUGGGGGUGGAGGGGUGAAGGAGAUGGUGGAGCGCCCCCUGGAUAGGGAGAGAGAGAGGGACACCCACCCAGUGAAGGAGACGUCAUCGUCAUCGCUGCUGGACCCCGAGACGGAUGGCUACUUCUCUGACGCCGAGCAGAGCGACUCGGACACGCGCUCCAGCGGCCGCAAGCUCCGCUUGGCCCAGUUGCAUUCUGGGAGCGAGGACCUGCUGAGGAGGAGCGUGCUAGCGUUGUAGAAGAAAACGGAGAAGCGCACACACACAUACACAUACACACACACCAUCGUCCAGAAGACACACUGAUUUCUCAGACUGACCGGAGCUCCAUCCCAGCUCCCGCUACCAUGGCUACUGUCUGUCUGUCCGUCUGUGCUCUUGAUAUUAUACAUGCAGUUCUUUUCUCUCUAGAUCGCUUUAACCAACCAAAUCUCUGUACUUCACUAGUCAUAAAUCAGUCUAUUUGCUCUGUUCUGGGGAUUUGAAUGUAGCUGUUAGUCAGAUAGCUACAUACACAACGAGACCCUAGAUGUUAGUAGGGCUUGUUAAAGUAACAAAUGCUGUAUGAUGAUGUAAGAAGACAAAGAGGAAAUGGAAUUUGGACAAUGUUACAUUUAGGUUUUAUUUUGAAGUAUAACAUGGUUGUAAACAUCAACCCUUUCUAGCGGUGUGUGGUUAGUGGUACCUAGCCGCUAGAAUUGGGGUGAAUACUUUGUGGGCAUUAUAAGCUGGUUCAGGUGAAUCUCUUCCUUUCUCUUGACGUAAGAUGGAUCCCAUGAGGCGAUCCCUGGGAUAUGAUGUUUAAAAAGCCUUUCAGUUAAGUACCAUUCUGAGAAAUAUACAGAAAAUAUCACACAAAUAUUAGCCAUUAAAAGCACAAAUAGCUAACAGGAGCUGUAACACAAACAUUGCGCAUAAACACACACACUCUUUCACACAUACACACCAAACACAUUACACACACACACACACAUUACACAAACUCAAAACCACUCUGUCUGCAUCCAGCCGUUGUUGAAACAUACUGUUUGAGAAUUACGUCAACUCUUCACUGACUCCUCCUCAUCUUCCUUUUGGGUCUGAAUCAUUGGAGAAACAGUAUUUUACGAAUCGUGUGCCUUCUGUCGCUCCCCCAAAAAUGAGUUUAUCAAUCAAUCACUUCUAUAAUCUGAUUUGUUACAAUCAAAAAAUGAAAAUCUGUUGUAUUGGCCAUCAAGCGUACUGAAACAGAGGGCUUCUCCGAUCUUAAUUGUAGUGCCUAAAAAAUGUAAUGCAGCUUUUGCCAUUAAUCAACCCAACCGCAUGCAAAGCCACACAGUUCUAUCAUAUUUGUGCAAAGUGCUGCCCCAACAAAGCAACUUCUGGAGUCAUUGUUGCUCCAGUCAGACGAAUGGUAUAAUCAGCUACAGUACAGAGUCCUGGAUUCUGACGACUUUUUUGAGUUCUUUGAAAAUGUAUGUUUUUUCGUCUCAGAGUUGUAUUUUAUACUUAAAGCGGUCCACAGUAUUUUCUCAGGGUUUAAAAAAAUUUGAAGGCGACGAAGAAGGAUUGAAAAUGUAUUGAAAUCAAAGUUAAUCCGUAAAUAUAUUAUACCAUAUACAGGCUUUUUUAUACAUAUAUGUAUGUAUAGAAAAGAUUCCUUUGGCAAAGCUCACUGUUUAAACUCUGACUACUACUGUGCUGAGAGCUUUUCUCCUGUCUCAGUCAGUACACAACUGCUACUACUACCCACCUGGCUGUCUCCUGAGUUGAUGAUGCCAAAGAACAGUGUGUAAACAGACAGGGCACAAUGCACUUACUCUGGGUGCGUCCCAAAUAGCACCCUAUUCCCUAUAUAGUGCAUAGGGUGCCAUUUGCGACGCAGCCUCACUUGGGAGUUGUGCAUUGCUCAGGCCUGCGCUAGCAUGGCAUGAUGUGACUCAGCCUUUAAAGGGGCGUCCUAACACCCGCCACUAUUCCACCUUGGACUCUCCCAUUCCCUGCUCCCACAGGGGUGUUACGUACUGGCCCUCUGUGCCACUGACCUACUCUGGAUGGAGUAGCCGAAGUCCCCCUCCCCCCAACCUGGAGAGAGUUGAAUGCUGCUGAACCAUGUGAGGGUGGGUGGCUGAUGGUUGAGCCCACUGACACCCCCAGCGCUGGUAUAACAGGGUUGUAAUGUAGAAGAUGACUCGUUUUUUAUGUUUGUUUUCCUGUCCCAGAGGGGACACAAGGAUUCAGGAUGUAACUUCCUAAAGCAGCGUAUUGGUCAGGUGACACUGUCUGUCUGUGUCUACAGCCAGUCUGGCUCCUUCCUUUGGCCAAUUCCUUUCCAUCCACCGUAACCCUUGGAGACAGACCAUUACAACCAUAGAAACAGAAUUAGUAGCACGUUCUAUUAAUUCUUAUUCUACAAUAAGAACAACAAUACUCAUCGUUGUCUGCAGAUAGGUCGUCGGGGUUAGCACUGUAGUAACCCCACAGAAUCCCCCCCACCACCUAACCGUUUACUUGUUGCUAAGACAAUGAAAUGUAAACUUGGUUUCAAUAUUCAAUAUAUACACAGAUUUAGACUAGACUGUGUUUUAGACGGGCCCCUUCAUGUACGGCCCCCAACGUAGUAGAAAACAGGUUAUUAUUAUUGGAGUGGGGCAUCUACACCCUCUUCCACCGCUUCUUUUCAGAAACAGUAGGCUGGAGUUUUAGUGAGGUGAUUCGGUCCAGCAGGCAGCAGGUGACAGCACUUUUCAUACAAAGUAUAGAUUCAUGGAUGGAUGGUAUUAUCCUGUAUUAUCCUACAGAGUAUGGAUGGAUGGUAUUAUCCUGUAUUAUCCUACAGAGGAUGGAUGGAUGGUAUUAUCCUGUAUUAUCCUACAGAGUAUGGAUGGAUGGUAUUGUCCUAUAUUAUCCUACAGAGUAUGGAUGGAUGGUAUUAUCCUAUAUUAUCCUACAGAGUAUGGAUGGAUGGUAUUAUCCUCCUCGAUCAGGGUUUCUUUGCACCAUUCCUGAGGACCCACAGGGUUUGCAUGUUUUAUUCCAGCCCUACACUAAAACACCUUAUUCAGCUAAUCAAAUUGAUGAUCAGUUGAAUAGGGUGUGUUAGUGCUAGAACAAAACGUGCAUUCCGAACAAAACGUGCAUUCCGACGGUGGGUCCCCUGGAAUUGGGUUGAGAAAUGCUGCUUUGGUGUAGCUGUUGAUGAAUGUCCUAGUGCUGUCUCCGUACCACCCAGGAACUGCUGCUGCUGCUGUUGUUGUUGUUGUUGUUGUUGUUGUCUGUAGCGUGAAAAGGCCAUCAGCACACAAACAGAACACAACGACAACAUCAUUGAAAAGGAUCUCCUCUUCUGUGUUAGCUGCUUUCUCCCUUAGGGAACUGGUUCAAAGCUGUAGUAGUUUGACUGCCGUUUACCUAUCUGGUUUUUUAUGCACCAACAAUAAUGUAUAAUACUGUCCUAGAGACCUUUUUUGUUUCUGUGUUAAAAGCCUUUGCAAGCUGUUUUGUAACGCUUCAGCCGCGGCUCAUAUAACUAGAAUGCUGACUCAUAAUCAGACCGACUGCUUCCUUACUAGCGCUUCUCCGACCGUCGACUGACUGCUUCCACACUGGGAAGUAUGGUUCCAAUCCAACACCCACCCCACAGACCAGUGCUCUGUCUCACUCCCCUCCCCUGCUUCAGUGUUCCGCCGGCCCGCCUCAGCUCCUUCAUUGUUUUGAAGCACAGGCGGGUCAAAGGAAGAAGCUUUAAGGACAAAUAAUGACGUGCAUGUGUUGUAUAAUGGAGAGAGCGUUUGUCACUGCUGCCGCUCUGGGCAGAAGAGCGAAAGAUCGAGACGGAGAGAGAACGAGAGGGAAACACUGGUGGAGGGGGGAGAGAGAGAGAGAGAGAGAGAGAGAGAGAGGGAGAGAGAGGACAGUUUGUUCUUUCCUCGUAGUGUUUGCACCCUGUCCACAGUCAACUUAACAGGCAGGCAAUCUAAACAGCACCCGUCCCGCUCUCUCGGUCUCCCUCUCGCUGUCCCUCCCUCUGUGUGGCUCACAAACGUAAAGUGCAAACACUUAUCUGUUUUCACUGGAGCUAGGAUUAUUUACUUUCUCUGGUUUUGUUUUAUAUGCAGAACCAGAGAGAAAUUGAUUUGAUAACACAAAUAGUGGGAACUGCAUAGCCAGUAGUGAGUUUGUGUUUGUUUUUGUGUCUGUCCGAGUCAAUGCUUGUGUGUGCGUGCAUUUUUGUCUGUGUCUGUUGAAUCACGAGUGUGUAUCUGUGUGUGUGUGCAAGCGUUCUUGUGUGUGUGUGUGUGUGUGUUCUUGUAUCUGUGUGUGUGUGUGUGUGUGUGUCUGGGCUAAUUGAAGCUAGAAUGGUCAGGCCGGCUCCCAAGUGAGCUGAUCAGCGUGCAGCUGAAGCCUGGGAGAGACCUUUUGUUCUCUCACUUCCUCCAUGGAGAACACUCACAGGGAUCUAACCGCUGCUCUCUGGCAACACAGCGGUUGCAUCUCAAAUGGCAUCCUAUUCCCUUUUAUAGUACCUACAGCCCUGGUCAAAAGGAGUGCACUAUGAAGGAAAUAGGGUGCCAUUUGGGAUGCACUCAAGCUAUUUAUGACCAGCAGGUCACAGAAUGUGUUCCUCUCAUUAAAUUCAAUAACAUUUCAAAAUGUUCACGUUCCACAGUUCAAACAACUUGCUCCCAUGUUGUUUGUUUGCGACUUUCGAUCCGUGACUUGUAUGAAUCCACUUAUGAAUCCAUUUCCAGGAGGUAAGGUUUAUCCAUAACCAUAGCUGCUCCUCCUAAGGUUGGGCUAGUUUACCGUUAGUGUCUCUGCAACCGAGUCAAGCUCUGAUACUUAGCAGGUUUUGUUUCUGUAGUUGAUCUGGCAGCACUUUGCUGCCUCCAAAUUCAGCUACAUCCCAAAUGGCACCCAAUUCCCUAUUUAGUGCACUACUUUUGACCAGAGCCCAUAGGGUUGUGGUCAA